GCGGUAAUUGGCUGAGAAACGUGAAGGCAUUUGAAUGUGCCUGUAUGAUGUGUUGGGUCUGGACGAGGCGGAGAUGAGAGCGGAGGACGGUGGGAGGCAGCAAGAUGGCGUACCAGACUUUCCGACAGGAGUAUAUGCAGAUACCUCCGGUGACCCGAGCCUACACCACAGCCUGUGUGCUCACCACCGCUGUAGUGCAAUUGGAACUCAUAACACCAUUUCAGCUCUAUUUUAACCCAGAACUGAUAUUCAGACAUUAUCAGGUAUGGCGAUUAGUAACAAACUUCCUCUUUUUUGGACCUGUUGGAUUCAACUUUUUAUUUAAUAUGAUAUUUUUAUACAGAUACUGCCGGAUGCUUGAAGAAGGAUCUUUCCGAGGUCGUACAGCAGAUUUUGUAUUUAUGUUCCUUUUUGGUGGUCUUUUGAUGGCUAUCUUUGGUUUGUUUGUCAAUUUAGUGUUUCUAGGCCAAGCUUUUACGAUAAUGCUUGUGUAUGUCUGGAGUAGAAGGAAUCCAUAUGUACGAAUGAACUUUUUUGGACUUCUGAAUUUCCAGGCUCCAUUCCUGCCCUGGGUUCUUAUGGGCUUUUCACUGCUACUGGGAAAUUCCAUCAUUGUGGACCUCCUGGGUAUUGCAGUUGGACACAUCUAUUUCUUUUUGGAAGAUGUGUUUCCCAACCAGCCUGGAGGCGGACGAAUUCUGAAGACGCCAUAUAUUUUGAAAGCAAUAUUUGAUACACAAGAAGACGACCCAAAUUACAACCCCCUUCCUGAAGAUCGUCCUGGAGGUUUUGCUUGGGGUGAAGGUCAACGACUUGGAGGCUAAUUAAUAUAAUGGACACUAGGAGGCGAACUUUUUUUUUAACACCUUCUGGAUUGCACAUUGUUUCUGUUACAGAGAUGAUGCUGCUGUUCUUAAAAAAAGGAAGCACUUUAUAAUCCACUGGCUGACCCAAGCAGACCUUCUCAUUUCCCCACCAGUGCCUCUCUGAGGUUUUGCUUGCAUUGAAGCUCUUGGAUCCACAAACUGGAACCUAAGUAGGUUCAGCAAGACCAUGCAGACCUGUUCAAUGCUUUUAACAGCUGCUUUCUAUUUUUUUUUUUCUUUAAUUCUUUGAUAAAGAACCUGUGUAUAACGACUUUGAGAUUCACAAGGAAUAUGAUGAUGUUUGUGACACUUAUUAUGUGAAGUGUAGCAAAACAUGUGACCCUGCAAAUUCCAUAUGGGUUGGACUGAACAAAAGAAACGAGAAAGCGGACUAAAACGGCCUUUCCUCUACUUUCAUUGGAGAAAAUGAUAUAUGCCAAUAUCCUUGUGACAUUAAUUUUUUUUUAUUAUUAUUAUAUAAGUCUACAUUCCAUUGUAAAACGGUGGCACAUGAAGUCUGGAAUGCUAUAUGAUUUAUAGGUUAUACUAUAAUUGGGUGUGCAGCAAAACAAAGGCAAAUAGUCAGUUUUA